UCCUUCGUAAAUGUAACAUUAUAUUUUUUGUUUGUUCGGUUCUUGAAAAUACAUUUCGUAAUUUUGUAUUUCGUCAUCACGGCGCGCUGCGCGCCAGUGUGUACCAACUUUAACUUUCACUUCCUCCUUUCUUCUCAGUAUUUUUUUAGCAAAGUAAAAAGCUGAUCUAUUAACAAACUUUUUACCACAAAAUUAAGCAAGCAACGAAAAUUAGACGCGCCAAAUUAAGCUCAAGUAGAAAAUUGUGUAAGUUUCUGUAGAAUCUACUGGAAAAAGGAGCAAGCUGUCAGGUGUCAGGUGCUGUACCUUGGAUGCCUUCUGCUGCUGCGUAAAAUGUACCUGGAGUAACUCAGUGCCGCAAAUCUGAUUCUGUGGUUCGUGCUGGUAGUGACAUUAGAUCAUACUCUAGUUUCCUGUAUUUGAUGGGACGACGAUGCCAGUGAAGGUUGACAUUACUCCACCGCCGCCAGCAAACUCCAAACAGCCUGGCGUGACUAAGUCCCUGCUGUACAAUGGGUCAAAAUUCCAAGGCCAUCAGAAAUCUAAGGGCAACUCAUACGAAGUCGAGGUGGUUUUGCAGCAUGUUGAUGAGGAGAAUUCAUACCUUUGUGGUUAUUUAAAAAUAAAAGGUCUCACAGAAGAAUUUCCAACACUUACCACCUUUUUUGAUGGUGAAAUAAUAUCAGCUAAAUAUCCAUUCUUGACUCGAAAAUGGGAUGCUGACGAGGAUGUUGAUAGGAAACAUUGGAGUAAAUUUGACUUAUUUGUUCCAUACCUGAAGACCUUCAACUCCGAUUCAUUUGACUAUGACUCACUCGCAAAGGCUGACUAUGUAUUUAUGAGGUGGAAAGAACACUUCCUAGUGCCGGACCAUACAAUUAAGGAUAUAAAUGGUGCUUCAUUCGCUGGCUUUUAUUACAUAUGCUUCCAUAAGUCAGCAGCGACAAUAGAAGGUUAUUACUAUCAUCGAAGUUCUGAGUGGUUUCAAUCUUUGACUCUAAGUCAUGUUCCGGAACACAGCAUCCAAAUUUAUGAGUUCAGAUGAGAUGUGUCAGACUUUCAAGUUUGGAUGGUUAUUUGUGUCCGCUAGUACUUACAUGUUCCCUAAGUCUAUCUAUCAUCUUUGGAAAAGAUAAAUAUACCAGUUUUUAAGUUUCUUCAGUAAAAUAAAUGUAAGUGAAAGAUGCAGGGCCAAUGACAAAAAAUUCAUCAGAACAAAAUAUUCAAUAAUCUGUAAUGUUGUAGCAAUUUGAUUUGAAUUUAUGUGUGAAUCACGAACAGCAGCUGUCUGGUCUUGCACAUACUUCAGUUUAGUGUCUUUCGGUGACUAAUAGGUAUAUGUGUAAUAUCGAAUAUUAUGCUGCUUUAUCUGAACAUCUCGUAGUCGAGCAAAAUGAAAUUAGUAAAUGUGUAGUGAUUAUAUACUACUUUAUAUGUAUGUUGCAUAAAAUUAUACUCUUAUUUAUUUUUUGACAUUGGAACAUGAUCGGCCAAGAAGUGUGGUAGUUAAUGUAUAUGUUUCUCAAUAAUAGUAAGUUUUUAUUAUUGUGAUAUUUUGUACAAAUUACUUGUGUGUAAGUGAUCAUGUCGCUGUAAUCAUUGAUCGUCGUGAACGUUGAUGUCAUUGUUGUAGAUGUAAGCCAUUUCAAAUCAAUCUGACGAAGUAUGUGCAAGUGCAGGGAACCUUGUUUGAACAAGUUAAUAUUUUGACUUGAUCAUAAAUAUUUGAAUAUUUUCAAUAAAAUGUCUUUACAGCAA